UGGAGCUCAGUGGUUGCCGUGCAACAGGCCGGGGACACCUAAACACAACACAAAUCCUCUCUCCUCCAUGUAGGUACCUUAACUCAUUCUUCUCCCCCAAAAAAUACCACACCGCAACAACGGUCUACGUGGUAUAUACCCCCCACCGAUCACAUCGAGACCAGAUCACUACUAGACCUAUCCAAUCCAAUCAUCGAAUAGGCACGAUACAGAAAGGCCAUGGCAACCCGAACUCUCGAGGCUCGUCUCGAGCGUAUGUCUGUUAACGAUGAGAAUGAAUACCCAUCUCAGAAAUCAAAAGCAACAACCCAGCUCUCGCAGAGCGCAAGUCGGCCGAAUCUGUUCAAGGUCGCCUUGCAAACACAGAGCAGCAACACCGUCACCGCUGUCACUCUCCCGUCACAGGCUGCACAACGUAAGGGCGCUGCUUCUGCUACGGCUGCUGCCCAGCCGGGUUCUCCUGCCAGAAAACCCCUCCCAGGGGCCAGCUCGUCGUCGUCGUCGUCAUGGACGUCUGAGGAACAGACGCAGGCUGCCGUCGAGCAGUUCGUAUACCAGCCUAAGCAAUUCCACCUCGGCAUGUUCGAGAUUGGACGGCCGCUGGGCAAAGGAAAGUUUGGGAGAGUCUACCUAGCGCGGGAGCGGACGAGCGGAUUCAUCUGCGCACUCAAGGUGCUGCAUAAGAGCGAGCUGCAACAGGGGCGGGUCGAGAAGCAAGUGCGGCGCGAGAUCGAGAUCCAGAGCAACCUGCGGCACCCCAAUAUCCUGCAGCUAUUCGGACACUUCCACGACAGCAAGCGAGUCUUCUUAAUCCUCGAGUUCGCUUGCAAGGGCGAGCUAUACAAGCACUUGCGCAAGGAGAGCCGGUUCCCCGAGUGGAAGGCCUCGCAGUAUAUCGCGCAAAUGGCGAGCGCCCUGCGGUAUCUGCACCGUAAACACGUCAUCCACCGUGACAUUAAGCCCGAGAACAUACUCAUGGGCAUUCACGGCGAGCUCAAGAUCUCUGACUUCGGCUGGAGCGUCCACGCGCCCAACAGCCGCCGCCAGACCAUGUGCGGCACCCUCGACUACCUUCCGCCGGAGAUGUUGCGUUCUGGCGGUUCCGACAACUGGUACAAUGAGAAGGUCGACCUCUGGAGCCUCGGCGUCCUCGCGUACGAGUUCCUCGUCGGCGAGGCCCCCUUCGAGGACACGCCCGUCAUGACCCAGAGGCGGAUCACGAAGGCCGACAUGACCAUCCCCUCGUUCGUCAGCCCCGAGGCGCGGGACCUUAUCAAGAAGCUAUUGGUUCUCGAUCCCGAGAAGAGGAUCCCGCUGGAUCAGGUGCAGACGCACCCCUGGAUCAUCAAGCACUGUGUCAAGGGGGAGCGGGCGGCCAACCGCGAGAGAUCGCAUUGAUGAGCCGAUGAGGGAUGCUACCACUAAUCGGGAGACGCGAUACGAGGCCGGUGACGCGGCGCCGCAUAUUACACUUCAAAAUAACUUGCAUAGAGAGCGGCAGUGGGUGAAGGAGCGAGGAAGGGAGAGCAGGAGACAGAUCGGACAGACACAGAUGCGCAGACAGAGAAGGCAGGAGAGCAAGCGUACGGACUUUUGGCACAUCUGGUUUCGUAAGGGGGGGUUAUGCAUCAUCGGAGCAAAGGGGGUCGGGCUCUUUUUAUCGUUGCCGUUGCGUUUCUUGCCGUUUCUAGGUCCUAUGACAGCAGAAUAUAUGCAUUCACACAUGACCUUCUCGCCUCGCCU